AUGAGUGACUACCACCCAGAUGGUGGUCAGUUGUUUUGGCCGCGAACACCGGUGCCAUUCACGGUGUGUCUCGGCCCAGCAUCGGCCGGAGACGACAUCAAGCCGGAGGACAUGCGAGCUUUCCAUGUACCUCAAGGGAAAGGUAUCUACAUCCAUCCUGGAACAUGGCCGCCCCGGCUCAAGAUUGACUGGCGAACCGGUUGUGGCAUUGUGGUGGCAAGCAAGCCAUUGUAUUGUACUGUCGCUGCGCACACACACACACAUACACUUGCACGAUUUGCACGCGACUCGAUGCUGUUCGGCCGGGAGGGCUUCCAACACAGAACAAGUGUCCGCAUGAUUCGUACCAGGUGGCAAGAUGGCUGUAAAGAUGCGCUCGCAAGCAAACUGUGCAAGAAACUCACUUAG